AUGUUGGUGCGGGGCGGCUACUUAUUUUCUGGCUCAACCUUUAAUGUGGUAUAUCAUAAUCAGUUUAAGAGAAUCCUUGUGUAUGUUAUCGACUGGAAAUCCUGUGUCUGUGUAGUUGAUUACUACUUCCAGAAAAAAUGUCCGCUCAAUACAUCUGGCACAGAUUGUUCCCUGGAUACAUCUGGUACAGAAUGUUUGCUUGAUACAUCUGGCACAGAAUGUCCCCUCGAAACAUCUGGCACAGAAUGUCCCCUCAAUACAUCUGGCACAGAUUGUUCCCUGGAUACAUCUGGUACAGAAUGUUUGCUUGAUACAUCUAGUACAAAAUGUCCACUCGAUACAUCUGGUACAGAAUGCCCCCUCAAUACAUCUGGCUCAGAAUGUCCGCUCAAUACAUCUGAUACAGAAUGUCCCCUCGAUACAACUGACACAGAAUGUCCCCUAGAUACAUCUGGUACAGAAUGUCCACUCGAUACAUCUGACACAGAAUGUCCCCGCGAUACAUAUGACACAGAAUGUCUGCUCAAUAUAGCUGACACAGAAUGUCUGCUCGAUACAUGUGACACAGAAUGUCCCCUCGAUACAUCUGACACAGAAUGUCCCCUAGAUACAUCUGGUACACAAUGUCCACUCGAUACAUCUGACACAGAAUGUUUCCGUGAUACAUAUGACACAGAAUGUCUGCUCAAUACAGCUGACACAGAAUGUCCGCUCGUUCCAACUGACACAGAAUGUCCGCUCGAUACAUCUGACACAGAAUGUCCGCUCGAUACAUCUGACACAGAUUGUCCUCUCAAUAUACCUGACAAGAAGACCCUCAAAUCUCAAACAGUCUUCAUGUUAAUUAGUCUUCAAGAUGUCCACCGACACCUCGGGACUAUGAGAACAUCAUUAUAA